AUCGGCGGGAAGCUCACGCCCUGGGAGGGCAAGGUCGUCGACGUGCUGUCGCCGGUCUACGGCGAGGACGGGACCCAGGCGGUCAUCGGGUCGCUGUCGGCCAUGGACGGCGGCGCGGCGACGACGGCCGCCCGCGCGGCGGCCGCCGCGUGGGACCUGGGCCAGGGCCCGUGGCCGCAGAGCUCGCUCAAGGACCGCGCGGCGGCGCUCGGCGCGUACCUCGACGAGCUCGAGGCGACGGCGCGGGACGCCAUCAUCGAGACGCUCAUGUGGGAGAUCGCCAAGUCCGAGAAGGACGCGGCCAAGGAGUUCGACCGCACGGUCGCGUUCGCGCGGACGGUCAUCGCGACGGCGCUCGAGGGCGACGCGGCGGAGCCCUUCGGGGCCUGGACGGGCCUGGGCGGCGUGCGGGGCCGCGUGCGCCGCGGGCCCGUGGGCGUCGCCCUCAUGCUCGCGCCCUUCAACUACCCGCUCAACGAGAUGUACGCGAUGAUGAUGCCCGCGCUGCUCAUGGGCAACUGCGUCAUCCUCAAGCUGCCGGCCAUCGGCGCGCUGGCCCACGUCCUCACCAUCGAGGCCAUCCGCAAGACGCUGCCGCCGGGCGUCGUCAACUUCGUGUCCGGGUCCGGCCGCGCGACGCUGCCGUCCGUCAUGGCGUCGGGCGUCGUCGACUGCCUCGGCUUCAUCGGGGGCUCCAAGGGCGCCGACGCGCUCAUCCAGCAGCACCCGCGGCCCCACCGCCUCAAGGUCUUCUCCCAGCUCGAGGGCAAGAACCUGGGCGUCGUCUUCGCGGACGCGGAUCUCGACGCCGCCGCGGACCAGAUCGUGCUGGGCGCGCUGUCGUACAACGGCCAGCGCUGCACGGCCAUCAAGCUCGUCGUCGCCCACGCGUCCGUCGCCGACGCGCUCGUCGCCAAGCUCGAGAAACGCAUCGACGGCCUGAAGCGGGGCCUCCCGUGGGACGCGGGCGUCGACGUCACGCCGCUGCCGGAGCCCAAAAAGCCCGCGUACCUCACGGAGCUCAUCGCCGACGCCGUCAAGCACGGCGCCGCCGUCGUCAACGACCGCGGCGGCGACACGGAGGGCCAGCUCUUCCACCCGGCGCUCGUCUACCCCGUCACGGCCGCGAUGCGCCUCUUCCACGAGGAGCAGUUCGGGCCCGUCGUGCCCGUGGCGACCUACGAGGACCUCGGCGAGGUCGUCGAGACGCUCAAGCACUCC